AUGUUUUUCUGGGACACACUAUUGACCAUUGUGCUCUUCGUGUUGUGGCAACGUUUUUGUGUCAUCUGCGUGGGUGAGCCUUUGGAAACCCAGCCUCAAGAUUCUGAUGUGCCGAACCUUAGAGGAAAUGAAUUAGAUACUUUGCCGGAGGUAAGUGAGGGGGCGCUCCCACGGAAGCUAUUUCUCGGGUUCCUUCUAGGAGCAGCUCGAUCGAUAAUCAGCCCGGUUGUAAGUGCUGUUAGUGGGUUGAUAAGCCCUCCUGCCAGCGCCCCGGAACCACCUCCGCCUGCACCGCCACCUCCAGAACCGACUGAUAAAAGGAGGUCCAGUCGAAGGUAUGCCGACUCCGAUGACUCAGGAUCUGAUAGUGAUGAUGACAGAGACCGAUACGAAAAACGCCGUAGACGCCGUCAAAGAAAACGGCGCUCACGUAGGUCACAUCGUAGCAAUAGUGCAGACUCAGAUGACGAGUCCCCUAGUGACCAAGCUCCCAGUGAUGCAGAUGACGAGAAAAAACCGUCAACAGAGAUUUCGGCAACAGAACCCAAACCCGAAGAAAGUAAAGAUAACAGCAAACCUGAGGCGGUUGCUGAAAAGGAAACGGCCAAAGAGCCGCCAAAACCUACUGAAGAUGAAAAGCCGAGUGAGCAGCCACAAAAUGACGCCGGCAAUAAACCUGAGGAGACCAAGGAUUCUGCUAAGGUAGAAGCGUCUGGUGACCUUAAUAAGAAGGAAGAAGCUAAGGAAAGUGAGAAAAAGGAAGAAUCGGCAGAUUCUAGUAAGACGGAAGAAACUAAGCAAAGUGACAACAAGGAAGAGAAAAUUGAAGCACUCCCAACACCUGUUGCGUGA